AUGGAAGAGGCUGCUACUUUGCAAUCCCUCUCCAUAUCCUCUUCCUCUCCCUUCCCUAACAACUCUUCGCCCGUCGUGACGGCGGCCAAUACCAUCUCCACCAGCGAAUCAGACAUGUUCCGCGCACCGGUCAACCGCAUGAUGCGGACCCUCGACCGCUCGUUCUUCAAAAAAACCGUCCCUCUCUCCGCUGCUACUAUUUUCGACAAACAAUCCAUUGGCUCCAUAAAAAGUGAAUUGCUCCAGAGUCAGGACUUGUUGCUGGCAAAUCGCAUUAUACCCGUGCGCGCCGCGCGAGAGGGGCCGUUAGAAAAUGUUACAGAUCACUGGUAUGGUAGAAAGGACGGGAAGCAGGACGGUCGAAAAUGUCUGCUACUUAGGGAGGGUAUCAAGGCCGAUGACGUGACGACGUGGUCUCCUACUAUCCAGAAACUAGUUGAGGCUAAAUCGGUGGAAGUUCGUCCGUUCAACCUGCUGCUUGAUUACGACUAUUUCACUUACACUCACUUCAAUCUUCGCGAACAAUAUCUACCAUAUAAAUACCUUCUGGGAGAGAUUUUACGAGAUAAACAUCCUCAAGCCAGAACAGUAAUUAACAAAACCGAUGAUGUUGGAUCCCACAGCGAAUUCCGCACUUUUUCAUACGAAGUGCUAGCCGGAGAGGACGAUAUGCUCGUCACUGUACACGAGCAAGACUGCGAAUACUCCUUCGAUUACUCAAAAGUAUACUGGAACACACGCCUAGCCACCGAGCAUGAGCGUAUGGUCAGCAGAUUCAAAAAAGGGGAGGCUGUUUGCGACGUCAUGGCUGGCGUGGGUCCCUUCUCAAUCCCGGCAGGAAAGAAGCAGGUCUUCGUCUGGGCCAACGAUCUAAAUCCAUAUGGCUACGAAUGUCUGGAGCGCGGCGCUGCAAAGAACAAAGUUAGAGAGUUCGUGAAAGCGCACAACAUGAACGGCCGCGAUUUCAUCCGCUUCGCUACCGAAAGGCUAUACCAAGGAAAUCCCCGAACCGUAGUCCACCGCACCAAGGUUCCUAAAGCGGAACGCGAAAAUAGUCCGAUCCGUCAACGGAAGCCAAAAGCGUUCGACACGGAAUAUUUGACCUGUCCGCGAACCUUUGACCACUUCGUCAUGAACCUGCCGGCCACUGCGAUUGAGUUCCUCGACGCCUUUCGCGGUCUCUACGCCGGCAUGCAGGAGCUCUUCGAACCGUACACCGACCGCAAACUGCCGCUCAUCCAUGUCUAUUGCUUCUCGACGAAUAGCGAGGAUGAGGCUCUUGAGCGCAAAGAUAUCUGUGAGCGCAUUUCUGAACGGCUUGGAUUUAAGAUAACGCCUGAGGAUGAGGGCCGGGAGUUGGAAAUUCGGAGCGUGAGACUUGUAUCGCCGACGAAAAAGAUGUUCUGUGCUUCUUUUAGAUUACCUGCUGAGGUUGCAUUUAAGAAGGCUUGAGUGACGGGCGCGAUAAGGGGUGGAAAGAUAUAUGGGUUUCUAGGAAAGCGGUGUUUCGCAUUGUUACCAUUUUCGUAUCCAUGAGUUUGGAAUGUCAAGAAUUAGGCGUAACUUCUGUUUCUUUUUGUCUAUUUUAACUUUGCAUAUUCUACAAUUGUAUUUAUAGUACAUCUAUUAGCGGCGUAGGGUAAAUUUUUAUUCAAUUUAUCCCG